AUGAGCAAAGGCUUGCAGAGCUUGAAGCUGGGUGACCAAGCCUCGCCGCAGGCUCAGGAUGCAGAGGAGGGCCCAGGACCUAGGGUCUUCAGAGCAGAGCCAGGAGACCAGCUGCAACCUGUGUCUCAGGCAGGGCGCUGCUGCUCCUUUCGACGUGGCUGUGUGGCGCUGGGAGCCCUGGCGAUGCUGGCCGGUGUGGGAGUCGGCUCGUGGCUCCUAGUCCUGUAUCUGUGGCCAGCAACCUUGCAGCCUACCUCUGGGACUUCGCAAGAUGAAGAGACGCCUUCGAGCUGCGCCGAAGCUGGCAGUGAGGACGCUGUGCUUCCCUCACGUCCCCAAACAGUAUCUUUCAGAAUAAACAGUGAGGACUUCUUGCUGCAAGUGCAGGUGAGGACCCGGCCAGACUGGCUGCUGGUCUGCUACGAGGGCUGGAACCCUGGCCUGGGGCUGCAGAUCUGCCGGAGCCUCGGGCACCUCAGACUUGCUCAUCAUAGCGGAGUGAACCUGUCUGACCUCAGCCUCAGCAGCUCCCAGGCAUUUUCUCAGCUCCUGCCCAGCCUGGGAGGCCUCCUGGGAGAGCAGUGGCAGCCCAGGGACAGCUGUACCUCUGGCAGGAUUGUCUCCCUCCAGUGCUCGGCGUGUGGGGCAAGGCCUCUGGCUUCUCGGAUAGUUGGUGGGCAGGCUGUGGCUCCCGGACGCUGGCCGUGGCAGGCCAGUGUGACCCUCGGCUCCCGGCACACGUGUGGGGGCUCCGUGCUGGCACCCCGCUGGGUGGUGACUGCUGCGCAUUGCAUGCACAGUUUCAGGCUGUCCCACCUUUCCAGCUGGCGGGUUCAUGCUGGGCUGGUCAGCCACAGCGCUGUUGGGCCUCACCAGGGAGCUGUGUUGGAGAAAAUCAUCCCCCACCCCUUCUACAACACCCAGAGCCAUGACUACGACAUUGCCCUCCUGAGGCUCCGGACACCACUAAACUUCUCAGACACGGUCGGUGCUGUGUGCCUGCCGGCAGAGGGGCAGCGUUUUCCAAGCGGCUCCCGGUGCUGGGUGUCUGGCUGGGGCCACACGGACCCCAGCUACAGUCACAGCUCAGACAUGCUGCAGGACACGGUGGUGCCCUUGCUCAGCACGCGGCUCUGCAACAGCUCCUGCGUGUACAGUGGGGCCCUCACCUCCCGCAUGCUGUGUGCAGGCUACCUGGACGGGAGGGCUGAUGCAUGCCAGGGGGACAGUGGGGGCCCCUUGGUGUGCCCAGAUCAGGGCACGUGGCACCUGGUUGGGGUGGUCAGCUGGGGUCGCGGCUGUGCGGAGCCCAAUCACCCAGGUGUCUACGCCAAGGUAGCUGAGUUCCUGGACUGGAUCCACGACACUGUACAGCAAUUAGAACGCAACGGGCAUCAUGUUUCUGAGCGCUGCAAUGAAUUUUUAUGGCGCUUACCCAAGGAAAUGCAGGUGGUGUUUAGCGAUAACAAAACUUUCUCUCCAGACAGCGAUUCUGACAGUGAAGUGGACAAGGCAUUGAAGAGGAAAAAGCAAGUCACUCCAGAACAACCUGGAAAGAAGCGAAAGGCAGAGGUUUCAGCGUGCAAGUAUUUCCAGCAGGGGCACGUGGAGAUGGCUGCUGAUGCAGGCCCAGCAAACACAGAAACAGGAAGGCACAGCUGCUACACACCAAACUGCAAGGCUCUGAGACCAAGGCUCAGAGACCAAGAGUCUAAGAAGGAGCCGCCCUCGGAGGAGACCAGGAAGCAGCUGUGCCUGAGGCCUCCCUGGAACUGUGCCUCUGCAUGGAAUGUGCACCUCCAUCCGAUGGAGACAGCCCAGAAAUCCCAGCACGUGGAACCUUGUACAGAGGCCUACAAGCAGGACAUGGAGCUGGCCUUUGGCGUGCAGCGAAAUAAGGACCAGUGUAUUCCUGAGUGGAGGAGCGCCGAGGGAUCGAGAGUAAGGUCGCAGAGUCCUGCCCCAAGUGCCCGACUGUCUCGAAUUUGUCAUUCAAGUGAGUACCAGGGAAAGGAGAAAGAAGAGAAGCGGAAAUUCAUGCGGACAGACAAGGAGGCAGUGAGCAACGAGGCGCACAGGCAUUUUGAUGGAGGCAGUGGGGACCACAGGCUGACUGAGGGCGAGUGGGACUUGUGUCCUGGCAAGCUGGAAGACUUGGCUCUAGAGCAGCUACCGGGGUCAGCUCUCUAA